CAACGCGCCAGAAGGUCACUUCCGGUGCUGGUGUCCCACAGCUUCAGAGGCUGUAGCGACAGAAAGUGUAUGUGUGCAUGUGCACUAUAGGGAUGCCACUCGAUGUCAGAUGGCCCUUUCCACAAUGCCCCCUGCUGCCUUGGAGAAUCACCAGUUCCCUGGUCAUGGGCAUGGUGGGCUCCUACUCCUACUUCUGGACCAAGUACUUGAACUAUUUAACCGUCCACAAUCACGAAGUGCUGCUAAAUCUGGUGGACCAGAGACCUCUGGACACGCCCCUCAUCACUCUGUCCAAUCACCAGUCCUGCAUGGAUGAUCCACACAUCUGGGGUAUUCUGAAGCUGAGGCAGUUGUGGAACUACAAAAAGAUGCGCUGGACACCAGCGGCGUCCGACAUCUGCUUUACCAGUGAGCUUCACUCCAGAUUCUUCAGCAGAGGAAAGUGUGUUCCUGUCUGCAGAGGUGACGGUGUAUACCAGAAAGGUAUGGACUUUAUUCUGGACAAACUCAACAAAGGAGAGUGGGUGCACAUUUUUCCAGAAGGCAAAGUGAACAUGACUGAAGAGUUCAUUCGACUGAAAUGGGGUGUUGGUCGUCUCAUCGCAGAGUGUUCACUCCAUCCCAUAAUUCUUCCUGUCUGGCACGUAGGUCUGAGUGACGUUCUACCCAACAUAAAGCCCUACGUUCCACAGAUUGGCAAGAAAAUCACAAUUCUUGUGGGAAAACCGUUCAGUGUCAAGGACGUUGUUGAAUCUCUACGAGCUGAAAACAAGAGCCAGUUAGAAAUGAGGAAGACUCUCACCGACUUCAUCCAGGGGGAGUUUCGCAGACUGAAGCCUGAGGCGGAGGAACUUCACAGACAAAUAAACAUAACAUCCUGAUCCUGCUUCUUCUCGGUCAAUGACUGGGCUGAUCAAUGACUUUGGUCCUAAACCCAACUCUCAGACCAGCUUUACCUCAGUGGUUUUUUCCACACUUCCUGCAAAUUUUUACAGAAUAUGUUUAGUGCCAAUCAAAGAGCUCAAUGGACUUUUUCAGAUGACGUUUUUUAAAAGCAGGAUUUUUAUUAAAGCUAAUAAAUUCAGGGCCCUGCUUCCAGAACAGACUCAAAUGGAUAAACCAGAUGCAAAACUGUUGCAUGUUGUGCACGAGUCGGAGACGCUGACGUGAUCGCAAAGAUUCUAGAGUCUGAUAUCCAGACUCAAGCAGUACUGCAUGUAAAAUAUUAACAUGUUAUGUUGCCGAUUCAGCCUUCAGAUGUGAUAACAGUUUUUAAACGUCUUCAUCAUAUUCAUCUUUUACGCAAGAUCAGAGAAGAAACAUCAGCAGCACUGUCAAUGAUUCCUAGCCUUGACCUUCAUGUCAGCAGAACACUGUCAGGAAUGAAAAAAUGGAAAAUGAAUGCUCUGUGAACGGUUUAGUUACAAACAAGGAUAAUUGUUUAAACCAAA